AUUAGGUAUUUCCUCUUUUUCCCUUGGACGAAUAAAACUGUAAGUACACAGGUAGUGUAUAGUCUAGGUCCACUUGCCUUGAUAAAGCGAAAGAAAGGAAAAUGGCAGCGAAACAGUUUGACUCUCACAACAGAAGUGUUAUACGGAGAGCCCGUAAAGGAGAUCAACUGGAAUUCCAUCGCGGGUGGUAUUCACACUGGGCUGUGUACAUAGGGAAUGAGGAGGUCAUUCAUUUGGCCGGUGAUGAAAAUGACGGUCUUAACGGUAACAUCAACCCCAGUCACGCGUUCACAAUCUGUGGAAAAUCUUUCAACAAGGCGGUGGUCAAACGGGAGAAUGUCUGGAAAGUCGUGCUGGAUUCCAAAGUCGAAAUAAACAAUAACAAAGAUCGCAAAUGCAAACCACGUAGGCCCCAUGAAAUCGUGGAGGAAGCCAUAAUGAAAAUCGGAGACAUUGGAUACAACGUGCUUUGGAAAAACUGCGAACAUUUCGCCGCCUUCUGCAGAUAUGGUGUGAACUGGUCCGAACAGGCCAACAACUUUUUGGGUGCAGUGGUUGCCACCGGAGCAGUUGUAGUUCUGGGUUCACUAUUCAAAGAGAUGUUCAUUGGAGAUAAGAAGGAAAAGGAGAAAGCUUAGUUAUUGCCGCGGUUUGUGUUGACUCGAUACAGCAGGAUAUCCUAGCUAGCUGACUCUGCUAUGUUAAAACUCUUCUACCAUUUUCUCUCAAAAAUAUCCUGCCUGAAUCUCUAUAGACAUGUCAUAUUUAUUGUUUUAAUUAAUCCAAUCUUCUGUUUUAUAUCUUUCCUGUGAUUGUAAUGAUACCUGGUGAUAGAUAUUGUUAUCUUAUAGUUAAAGUAUUCAGGACUAGUCGGUCGUUGUUUAGUAAGUCUAUAUAAAAUCGUGGUCAUCUUUCCACUAUUCAUUGCGUCUGAAAUGACUCUAAUGUAAAAUAAUACUCCUCGUUUCAAUGCUUGUAUCUUAAUUUUCUAAUAGACGUAUAACUCAUUUGUUACAAUAUUCAAGCAAUGUGUAACAUGACAAUUAUCACAAAGUGAAAAACAAUGUUUAAAGCUUUGUAAACCAAAAAAAAAGAGAUAUUUUUUCAUGAUCUCAAAGAUUGUGUAUGUACAUAGAUUUUUUUGCUGUGAUUGAAUUUAAGAAUUGUGUAUAUAUCAUUAAUUAUACUGCCCAUCAUAUGGCAAUAUUUUCUGUUAAGUUUGACUUUAGCAGUGUCUAACACAUCGCUUCAGGGUUUGUUAUGUUAAUGUUUGAUAUUUAUUUGGUUUUAUUCAUUAUGUAUUUGUUUAUUUAUUGAGAAAUCCAUACUUGAAUUUUGUUGUGUUUGAAAUAAAUCUGUUUUAAUUUACA